GCGGGCCGGCUUCUUGGCUGCCGUCGUCACCGUCGGUGGGUCGGCGGGGCGUAGCCGCGGUCGCCCGCCCAGUCCGAAGUCGUCGGUGUAGGCUGGCAGUCACGAUCAUCGGGGCGGAGAGAGUGCCAGGAUCCAAGAAUUCUGUAGCUACAAUGUUGUCAAGACUUUUCCGAAUGCACGGCCUUUUUGUGGCCUCCCAUCCGUGGGAAGUCAUAGUGGGGACAGUGACACUGACCAUCUGUAUGAUGUCCAUGAACAUGUUUACUGGUAACAAUAAGAUCUGUGGUUGGAAUUAUGAGUGCCCAAAGUUUGAAGAGGAUGUGUUAAGCAGUGACAUUAUAAUUCUGACAAUAACACGAUGCAUAGCAAUCCUGUAUAUUUACUUCCAGUUCCAGAAUUUACGUCAACUUGGAUCAAAAUAUAUUUUGGGUAUCGCUGGCCUCUUCACAAUUUUCUCAAGUUUUGUGUUCAGUACAGUUGUUAUUCAUUUCUUAGAUAAAGAAUUGACAGGCUUGAAUGAAGCUUUGCCAUUUUUCCUACUUUUGAUUGACCUUUCCAGAGCAAGUGCUCUAGCAAAGUUUGCUCUCAGUUCCAACUCACAGGAUGAAGUGCGGGAAAACAUCGCUCGUGGAAUGGCAAUUUUAGGUCCCACAUUCACCCUUGAUGCUCUUGUAGAAUGUCUGGUGAUUGGAGUUGGUACCAUGUCAGGGGUGCGUCAACUUGAAAUUAUGUGCUGCUUUGGCUGCAUGUCAGUUCUUGCCAACUAUUUUGUGUUCAUGACUUUCUUCCCAGCUUGCGUUUCCUUGGUUUUAGAGCUUUCUCGGGAAAGCCGCGAGGGUCGUCCAAUUUGGCAACUGAGCCAUUUUGCUCGAGUUUUAGAAGAAGAAGAAAAUAAACCAAAUCCUGUUACUCAGAGGGUUAAGAUGAUUAUGUCUCUAGGCUUGGUUCUUGUUCAUGCCCAUAGUCGCUGGAUAGCUGAUCCUUCUCCUCAAAACAGUACGGCAGAAAAUUCUAAGGUUUCUUUAGGAUUGGAUGAAAAUGUGUCCAAGAGAAUUGAGCCAAGUGUUUCCCUGUGGCAGUUUUAUCUCUCUAAAAUGAUCAGCAUGGAUAUUGAACAAGUUAUUACCCUAAGUUUAGCUCUCCUUCUGGCUGUCAAGUACAUCUUCUUUGAACAAGCUGAGACAGAAUCUACACUCUCAUUAAAAAACCCUAUCACAUCUCCUGUAGUGACUCCCAAAAAAGUCCCAGAUGAUUGUUGUAGACGUAAGCCUGUACUGGUCAGAAAUAGCCAGAAAGUCCAUGCAGCGGAGGAGGAGACAGGGAUAAACAGAGAAAGAAAAGUUGAGGUCAUCAAACCCUUAGUGGCAGAAACUGACAGCCCAAACAGAGCUACGUUUGUGGUUGGUAACUCCUCCGUACUUGAUACUUUGCUGGAACUAGAGACACAGGAACCUGAAAUUGAACUUCCCACGGAGCCUCGGCCUAAUGAGGAAUGUCUGCAGAUACUUGGGAAUUCAGAGAAAGGUGCAAAAUUCCUUAGUGAUGCUGAGAUCAUUCAAUUAGUCAAUGCUAAGCACAUCCCAGCUUACAAAUUAGAAACUCUGAUGGAAACCCAUGAACGAGGUGUAUCUAUUCGCCGACAGUUACUUUCCAGAAAACUUCCGGAGCCUUCUUCUCUCCAGUAUCUACCGUACAGGGACUAUAAUUACUCUUUGGUGAUGGGAGCUUGCUGUGAGAAUGUUAUUGGCUAUAUGCCCAUCCCUGUUGGAGUGGCAGGACCUCUGUGCUUGGAUGGAAAAGAAUUUCAGGUUCCAAUGGCAACAACAGAAGGUUGUCUGGUGGCCAGCACUAAUAGAGGCUGCAGAGCAAUAGGUCUUGGUGGGGGUGCCAGCAGUCGAAUCCUCGCAGAUGGAAUGACUCGAGGCCCUGUGGUGCGUCUUCCCCGGGCUUGUGACUCUGCGGAAGUGAAGGCCUGGCUUGAGACACCUGAAGGAUUCACAGUGAUAAAGGAGGCUUUUGACAGUACCAGCAGAUUUGCACGUCUACAGAAACUUCAUAUGAGUAUGGCUGGUCGCAAUCUUUAUAUUCGUUUCCAGUCCAGGUCAGGUGAUGCCAUGGGGAUGAACAUGAUUUCAAAGGGCACAGAGAAGGCACUUUCAAAGCUUCAUGAGUAUUUCCCUGAAAUGCAGAUUCUAGCAGUUAGCGGUAACUACUGUACCGACAAGAAACCUGCUGCUAUAAAUUGGAUAGAGGGAAGAGGAAAGUCUGUGGUUUGUGAAGCUGUCAUUCCAGCCAGGGUUGUCAGAGAAGUAUUAAAGACUACGACAGAAGCUCUGAUUGAGGUCAACAUUAGUAAGAAUCUGGUGGGCUCUGCCAUGGCCGGGAGUAUUGGAGGCUACAAUGCGCACGCGGCGAACAUUGUAACUGCCAUCUACAUUGCCUGCGGACAGGAUGCAGCACAAAAUGUUGGUAGUUCAAACUGUAUUACUUUAAUGGAAGCAAGUGGUCCCACAAAUGAAGAUUUAUAUAUCAGUUGCACCAUGCCAUCUAUAGAAAUAGGAACUGUGGGUGGUGGGACCAACCUGCUCCCUCAGCAAGCCUGUUUGCAGAUGCUUGGCGUUCAAGGAGCAUGCAAAGACAAUCCUGGGGAAAAUGCCCGGCAGCUUGCCAGGAUCGUGUGCGGUACAGUAAUGGCUGGGGAACUGUCACUGAUGGCAGCGUUGUCAGCCGGACAUCUUGUCAAAAGUCACAUGAUUCACAACAGGUCAAAGAUAAAUUUACAAGACCUUCAAGGAACUUGCACUAAGAAGGCUGCUUGAAUAGCCCAGCGGCUCUGAACUAAAACAUGGGCGUUGGGUUCUAAAGGACUAACAUAAAAUCUGUGAAUUAAUAAGCUCAAUGCGGUGUUAUGUUGAGGAUGAAUAGACAUGAUCUGUGAGCCAACUGCUUGGUGUUUGGCUGUUUCUGAAAGGUCUGAGAUCCUUCUUUCCAUGCAGAUUUCUCAGAUCUAAAAAUAGUAUAGUACUUUACAUGCUGUGCUCUGGAAGGAUCUCAACAUGAAUACCAUGCUUUAAGGCAUCCACAGAUGGUAAUCUACAGCUCACUUCUGAAAGAGAAUACAGGCUGGAAAAAAGUGUUUUCUUUUGAUGAAAUCCAUGGAGCUCGUGAUGAUCAGUGUGAGAUUGACCCUCUCCAUCCUCCCUUCCCCUCUGGUUGAAAAUGGAUUUUUAAAUUAUACUCUAGCUGACAAACUGAUUUCAUAGUUAAUUUAUUAAGUCUGGGUUAUAGGACUUUAAGAGAUAAGAGCUAAGUUUAUUUUUUUGUAAACUAAUACUUCAUUUGGUGCUGGUCUAUUUUGAUUUUUUUUUAGGGGGGUAGCCAUUGUGAUUCUUCAGGAGGGGACUUCCUUUCUUCAAGGGAAGAAUUACUCUUAUUCCCCAACUACUGAAUUAUGUGCUAAGCAGUGCUGAAUUGUUCUCUGUCAAGAAAACAAAUCACUGCAUUAAUCUCUGCGGACUGUUUAUUCAGAGAGGCCUUUUGUCUAAGUAUAAAUGUCUAGAUUGCUAGAACGUAUCUUCUAGCGUAAGGCUUUAAGGAACAGUUUUGCAUUCUUUGUUAAAGAUACAAGAGCUUUUAAUAUCGCCUAGACAAAGGUGACUCUCUUCCUCAAGAACGUAUAAGUCUGUGACCUCUCAGAGCUCAGAGGGUGGAAAACAGGUUUGAAAGAAAAAUACCAUUUCUCUAAGCCAACUUUAAUUACUUAAAAGACAACUGAAUUUAUUUAGUGGAAAAACCUAGGUGGGUUUUUGUAAAGAACUGUAUCAAAUCUGUAUAUGUUGUAAUAAAGCUGCUUCUGCUAGGAGUUUACUGAAAGUGUUAAAGAAAUAAAAAAAAAAUCAACUUGUAUACUGAUAAAACAUUCUAAGCUUGGGCCAGAGAAGAUAGUUUUCUUUAAUGUUGUCCAGGAAACCCUGGCUUGCUCAUUGAGCCCAUUGAAAGGGAAAUCAGCUUUCAGAGCCAGUGAAGGUGCCACGUGAAUGGCCCUGGAGGAGAGUGCUUCGUUCCUGCGGCCAGGAGGUUGGAGACUGAAACAUUCACACAGGGCUCUUUGAUAGACCCAUAAAAGCUCUUAGCUUCCUCAGGGGGGUCAGCAGAGUUGUUGAAUCUUCAUUUUUUUUUUUAAUGUGCAAGUUUUGUAUAAAUAAUAAAGAACUCCUUAUUUUAUAUUACAUCUAAUGCUUCAAGUGUUGGUCUUGGAGAGAGAAGAUGGACUCUGAAGAACGUUCCAGGAAUGCCGUGGCAGCAUGGAGAGCCUCUGAGUGAUUGUGUCUGCAGUACUGUUGUGGGAGGAUUGACCUUUGCUGUUGUAUGUAAAGUUUAAAUUGCUCUGUUGUGACUUUGAGCCAGUGACUUCUUAUUUAUCUGAACUUUUCAUGGAAGUGGCAGUGAAGUGUGAGUCUUUAUUCUGGUGACUGUAACCAAUAUUGUCUUGCUAAAUUAAUGUUUUGUACAAUUACUAAAUUGUAUACAUUUUGCUAUACUUUUUGCUCAGUUCCAGUAAAUUAUGAAAAGGAAAGUAAUGCUGUUCAGUGUAAGCAGUAACCUUUUCUUUUGUUUGGAUUGCCCCUUGGCCUGAGGCCCAGGAAGCUUGAAAUCAAGUCUGGCCAGAGUGGUAACCUAAUAACUCCUCUGAGUGUCCUGUGACCAUUUAUCAUUUUCCGUUAUAUGCUCCCAAUUCCUACGACGUUAAUGGCAGGCUAGUGUUGUAUGUGUAUUAAAAUAACUUUUUUUUUACUCAAGAGAAUUUGAUUAGUUCAGCUUUAUCUCAUCUCAGCUGGACUACUUUUGGAUCUGGGGGCAUGAGGGUUGGUUGAGAGGAAGAGGGCAUAAAGACCGGCAGCCAAAACCAAACGGCUGUUUGUUGGGCAUUGAAGCUGCCUCAGCUUCCGUGGGGAGUAAAUCUUAGCACAGCUGGAGCUGGCCUCUUUAAAGGCUGACUGCCCUCCGCUAUAUUUAGAAGUGAAAGGUGUGUGUGAACCACUUAAGAACCAAGACCCAGACACUAGAAAAUCCGUUUGAAUUUGUCUCCUGAAGUGACAUGUCAUCACGUGUGGACAGGUGACAGUGGAGAGUUUGCAUGCCCUUUUCUGCUUGGGGGACACAGGUCAGGAUUUUCUUCAUCUUAGGAGAGGACAGAGAAUUACAUUGAAAGGAACGUCUCAUGUGAAAGGGUCUGAGUUCAGACAAGAGGACACAGAACAGCAAAACACAUCAGUACGAAUCCACUGUGUGCGUAAGGUUGAAAUAAGAGCGGUAAACUCGUUAUAGAAUGGUUUUUAAAUACUAAUGUUUUUCCGAAAGUAUCUGCUAUGGAUAAGACUUGAAUUUAUUAACUUUACCCAGUUAGCAAAGAUAAUUAACGAAUAACCUCUGCACUGGAAGCUGAGAGGAUCGCAAAUGAUUUCGUUUACAAUUCUAUUUUAACAGAUUACUUUUUCAUCGUGAUGUACAUGGAACCUGCCACCCCCUUUUUCUCUUUUCCUCCCGAGCAGGUUUGAGAGCCACUGACGGAGGCACGGGCACUCUUGUGUCAGGAGCUGAGACAUUUUCAAGCAGCUGCUCCCUAAGGCCAGUGUUAGAGCCUUGUGCUAACAGCUGGCCUCAGGAGGCAGAACACGAGAGUGUUUUCAUCCAGUGGUUCUCCCACUUCAGUGUGCAGCACACACCUGGAGGACUUGUCACAACACAGAUUGCCGGGCUCUGCCCCCAGGGUUUUCGUUCUCUUGCUCUGGGCUGGGCCAGGACGUGAGCAGUUACAUUAAUGUUGCCGCUGCUCUAACAGUUUCAGAUCUCACUCUGAGGUGCCUGGCA